CUCAAAUCUCUUCCCAAGCCAUGCCAAAGACCUUAGUUCCUAUCGGAGACAUCUCUGUCGGGGACACUGUUUGGGUUCCUCUCAUUAUCGAAAUAGAGGAUUAUCAAAACUUUGCAGGGGGAUCAACCACCUCAAAACGUGUCCGUAAGGGUCAAUCAGUCGACCGUCUUGCAGUUGUUCUCGUUGCUGAUGGGUCUAGCAUCCAAGUCACCUAUUCUGUGACAUUUGGAGGGCAGAAAAGUUUACCUGCGAGUGUAACCGAUAAGACAAUGUGGUAUCCUGUAUCACCGGCUUCCAAUGAAGGCAAUUAUGAUCCCCUUCCUAUGGUGCCAGACCAACCGGCUCACUGGAUCUGUGUUCGAAAGAAACAGACGAUCACAUCGGCGAUG